GGGCAUAUAUAAGAUUAUCCGCCCAUUCUUUUAUAUUUGUGUUUCGCUGUCGCGGCUGCCGGCGAUCUCGCUGUUCCGACACCGAAGCCGGUGAAUGUGAGCCUGGUGACGGCCGCCGUCCGCCGCCAUGGCGAAUUACCUCGCCCAAUUCCAGGCCAUCAAGAACACCUCCGAUCGCCUCGUCGUGGCAGUUGAAGAUGUGAGUGACUUGUGGCCUAGUGUAAAAGAAGGUUUAGAAAAACGCUUGCCUUUGAAGAAGGCCAGUUUAAAUAACAAGACAAGGAAUCCUGUCUAUGUGGAGAAUCUUCAGGCUGAGUUCAUAUUAACCACUGAUUCAAGGUUGCGUAGCCGGUUUCCCCAAGAACAGUACCUCUUUUGGUUUCGAGAACCGUAUGCAACUAUCGUUCUAGUUAGCUGUGAGGACCUUGAUGAAUUCAAGACGAUCCUAAAGCCUAGGUUGAAGUUAAUUGUGCAAAAUGAGGAACGCGAAUGGUUUAUUGUCUUUGUAUCAAAAGCACACCCCAAUAAUGACCAAGCAACUAAAAAUGCAAAGAAGGUUUAUGCAAGACUGGAGGUUGAUUUUAACACCAGAAAAAGAGAAAGGUGCUGCAAAUUGGACUUAAAUGGAGUAGAUGCAAGCUUCUGGGAGGACUUUGAUUUCAAGAUAGUGGAAUCUAUCAGAAAUACAUUAGACAGACGUGCCCAGUUUUAUGAAGAGGAAAUAAGGAAAAUGAGUGAACAACGUCUAAUGCCAGUCUGGAACUUCUGUAAUUUCUUUAUUUUGAAGGAGAGCUUGGCUUUCAUGUUUGAGAUGGCACAUCUCCAUGAAGAUUCAUUACGUGAAUACGAUGAGCUUGAACUUUGCUAUAUAGAAACAGUUAGUACUCCUGGAAAACAAAGGGAUUUUGGAGGAUUGGAACAUGGUGAUGAUCAGGCUGCAUUAUUGAAGCCUGGAUUCAAACCUUUAUCUCAAAUUGUCCAGGAUGAUUCAUUCAGAGAAUUUGAGUUCAGACAAUAUUUAUUUGCACGCCAAGUGAAGCUACUAUUUAGAUUAGGUCGUCCAUUAGAGGUUGUGAUGAGGGGUUAUUCAUUCAUUAUCAGCUUCUCAAAGACACUGGCUUUGCAUGAAAACACCCUUCCUUUCUGUUUGCGUGAAGUGUGGGUGAUAAGUGCUUGCUUAGCUAUUAUCAGUUCGACUUCGUCAAUUUAUGAUGGACUUGCUGCACCUGAUAAUGAGAAGGAAUUUUAUCGUUUACAUGGAGACCUUUAUUCACUUUGUCGCAUUAAGUUCAUGAGACUUGCAUAUUUGAUCGGUUAUGGAGUUGAAAUAGAGAAAAGUCCUGUCAACAGUGCUUCGUUAAGCAUGUUGCCCUGGCCAAAGCCAUCUAUUUGGCCAGCUGUUCCAGAAGAUGCUUCCGCUAAAGUGCUUGCAAAGGAAAAGGCAUGUUUCUUUCUUUUUCUUGGUUACAUAUUAUUUCUAAAGGACUUGAAUGAAACUUAUAUUGAUUGUGAGUUAAAAAAAAGUUAAUUUCGACGUGGGUAUCUUCAGUGACUUUUUAUUUCUAGAAAUAGAAUUUUCACUACUCAUUUAAUUACAAUAACAACAACCAAGCAUUAUCCCACUAGGUGGGGUCGACUCACUACUCAUCUAAUUAAACAAUAAAAUUUAAUUUCAAUAUAUAA